GACAGACAGACAGACAGACAGGCUGCUGCUCCAACACCCCCUAAAACAGAGUAUAAACAGAGGCUUCACAGAUGGGAGACUGACAACACACAAAGCGGCUGAUUCAGAAGAGCUGGUAGGGUGGAGCUGUGUAUACCUGGACAGGAGAGUGAUUCAAAAAUGGCGUCAUAGUCGGAUUUUAGAGUGCUUUCAUCGACAUAUAUUCACAUAGGUAUGAGCCAGCCGCCCCGUUCAAACCGGGGACACCGGGAGAGAAACGGAGACCACAGACACUACCGAGAGUCACACGAUGACAGGCGUUCAUCACCAGACAACAGGCGUUCAUCACCCGACAGGUCUUCCUCUCGACCCCCGUAUUACCCCAGAGAAGCUGACUCCCCUCCCAAACAUGUGCGGGAACGGGAAGUCCCUCGAGUGGAGCACAAUGAGUCCAAAUGCACACACAUUUGCUCCAGGAGAGGCAUCGUGCUGAUCUGCUCUGUGCUGACCAACAGCCUGGUCCUGAUCUGCCUGGUUGCAGCUCAGAUGGUGACAUCAGGCUUGUCCUCUAUGGGCGGGCUGGGCGGCUUCGACAUCAACUCCAACUUUAACCUGCAGGGCACCGAGCUGCAGAAGGUACGAGACCUGGACAUGCAGUACAGCCUGAUGAGGGCGCCGGGCCUCUAUGGUGGCAUCCCCUUCAGCCUGACCCUCGGGGUCCUCUCGCUGCUGUUUGUGGUCGCCGGGAACAAACCGCCCCACCUGAUGUCCCGGAAGCUUCUGUACGGAGCGCUGGUGUUUCAGGCGGUGGCCGCAGUGGGGUAUGUGGUGGCCGUGGGGCUCUACCUGCACUUUGUCAUUGGGGUGAACUCCACAGAUGUGUGUCAGCAGCGCGAGAGGCUGUACGCCCGGAACGGCUACACCUGGAUGAACUGCGAUGUGGGCGGGGCGGAUGCAGCCGUGGCUCUGUUUGGGCUCAUCACGGCCAUCCUGUACACCGUCGGCACGGUGCUCACCUUCCAGACGAUCCGGAGAGUGAAGCGCUACCUGGAGGAGCGGAAACGCAGAGAGGCAGAAAAACAGAAGGCCCGAGCCGAGGCACAGAGAGCGCCGCUGAGGGCUGAAACCACCUCUGUGUGAGAGGUCAGAGAAGGACAUCGGGGGUCUGUAUCACAAAUAAUUCUGGUUUCAUGAAGCUGGCUCACGUUUAACUGGGGUAGAUCACCAUGGAAACCUACGGUGCUCUGAAGCAGGUUAUGUUCAGACCAUCAGAUCAAAACUGGUCCAGCCACUGACAAAUCAGAACAUGUAGAUCAAGUAGAUCCUGACAUGGAUAAGAGUUUACAAUAAUGUGACGGUUAAUAAAGAGCAAUAGAGGCAUUUUAUAGGUUUUGCAUACUACGGAGACCCUAAAGCUCAUGCUAGAAAUAUUUUUUCCUCCUGUUAACUUAUCUUGCAAUAUCUUUACUUUUACUCUGAUCCAUAGAGGAAGGCACUGAUGUAAUAUAUAUUUGAUGUAUUAGUUACAGUCCCUAGCACCCUCUGCUGUGGGGCUCAGACACAAGUCUGGAUCAUUGCAGCUACUGUGUUAUGAUCGGCUGUUGCUUUGGUUGUUUACUAUGACUGUAGCCACGCACAUUAACAUUAACACUAACUACAUUGCAGGCGUUGUGUUUGUGCAGUGAAUUGACUAAUGUUGAAAUCCUGUGGCAACACAUCUGUGACUCAGGAGGCAGAGCUCCUGCGGUCAACAUAUCAAAGUGUCCUUGGGCAAGAUACUGAACCCCAAAUUGCUCCCGUUUGGCCAGCGGUGUGCGAGUGUAAUGUGGGCGCACAAGAUUGUGACUGAUGAUUAUCACGAUGCUUUCUGGAGCAGAAGCAAUAGAAACAGCUGCUUUUUCUAUGGAUCACGCAAAGGUUGCGCCGGUGAAAAGAUAUCCCACAUACUUUCGAAUGUAGAAGAAAUAAUAGUUUACUACACUAACACAACUCUAAAGAAUGAUGCUUAUAGCUGCCUAUUGUAUUAAAUUAUUUCAUGCUUUUACAUUUUUAUUCCAUCACUGCAGCUCAGGAUAACAUCUUGGUACUGCACUUCAAUAACAGCUUUGUGAUUUUUAUUGUGUUUAUUUAAUCUGGCUAAACAGCUGUCUAUCACCGUUUCAUCCCAUGUCAUAUCAAAUACUCAAUCUAUAGUUCUGAUGAUGUUGCACAUCAUUGGUUCUUCAGCUUUAGCUGAUCAGGAUCAUGUAUGUUCAGCUCAAAGAGAGCCAGACUAAAAUUACAAUUUCUUUGUAACAGGGGUCCAAUGUGGGAGGGAUUUCAUUUUCAAGUGAACUGUUUGUAUGUUGGAUUGUGUGAACUCAAGCCAGGAUUAAUAUAAAUGUUUUUAACAUGUAUAAUUAAUGUUUUUAUAUCAAAGUUUGACUUUAUAAUGCAACGUUCUUGAUACUGGGAAUGUACAAGAAUAUAUCUACUCAAAUUAAAUCUCUAACAAUGUGAUUGUAUUCAACUGUUGUGUUUAUGAUUACAAGUGCACAGAACAGCCUGUGGGGGGCACCAGAACUCUUUACAUCUCCGGCUGUUCUGCUCUGUCCCCUCCAGAGGCUUCCUGCCAGCCAUGACUUCACUGCUGCAUGUCCUCUCUGCUGUCACACAAUGGGACACGCAUACACAAAGGACACAGCAGUGAUGUAACUGGUGGACUGUUCAGUCCAAACUUAAUUACUAACAAAAGAAAUUCUCCAGAGUGAGGUAAUUACCCAAGUUCUAAUUUUACCAUUUCAGAAAACAAAGCGGUGAUUGUAUCACAGCGGCACUACAAGACAAUGUGCCAUUAGCGGAGACAAAUGCAGGUUUGUUGCUUCUUGUGCAUUUUCUUUUUAAAAUGUUUAAAAAGUAAAUGUCAAUUUAGAAACAUUUUAGUGGUAUGCACUCACUACAGCGAAGCCGUUUCAGUGUUGUGACGAGUUGAUAUAUCCGUCUCUAAGAUGCACUAAGUGAAUGAAUUAGUUUUAUUAUCAAUUAAAAUGAUUAGUCCAUUAA